AUGUUCUCAUUGAUCUUUGUCUUCUGGUUUCUAAAGAUUUCCUUUAUUUUUUGUCAUUUAAGUGACCCCAAAUGCUUUUGGAGAAUAAAAGAUACUGAAAAUAAACUAGGAGAUGAAGAAACUUAUUGUUUAUUUUAUAUUUCCACAAAACAUGGUUAUGUGAAGAAUGAAUAUUUCAGUUGGAAUCUAGACAAGAAGGUGACACCCAAGACCAACCAUUUGAUUUUCUCUGUUUAUCUUGCCUUGGAAGAAAUAAAUAUGAACUUCCAUAUUUUACAUAACAUUUCUCUUGUACCUAAUAUUGAAUGUCUCCGAUACAUAUAUAAUGAAAAAACAGAUUUGGCUUUGAAAGGUGGGGAAUUUAUUCCCAAUUACUAUUGCACAAACGAGAGAAGAUAUUUAGCUAUAUUUACAGUACCUUUAUGGGUAGUAACUACAAAACUAGGACCAUUACUGUUCAUUUUCGGAAUUCCUCAGCUUUACUGCGGUCAUUUUCAUCUUUCUUUGAGUGAUAAUGAGCAUUUUCCUCACCUUUACCAGAUAUCUCCAGAGGACACAUCUCUACCACUAGCCAUGGUGUCCCUAAUGGUUCAUUUCAGAUGGAACUGGAUAGGAGCGAUGAUUACAAAUGAUGACCAUGGAAUUCAAUUCCUUUCUGAAUUGAGAGGAGAAAUGCAAAAACACAUUGUCUGUUUAUCUUUUGCGAUUACUAUCCUAACUGAGCAUGGCAUGGCCCGUAAAGAGUUUCGUACCUAUUUUAACAGAAUUGUAAUGUCAUCAGCAAAAGUUGUGAUAGUUUAUGGAGACUAUGCCUCUCCCAUAGAUAUUGUCCUCCAUUUGUGUAAAUCCAAAGGCAUUUUUAGAAUCUGGGUUAGUGUGUCACAAUUUGAUAUGAUCACAAAUCUAGGAGAUUUCAUGCUAUAUUCCUCCACUGGGACAUUCAUUUUUUCACACCAGAAACCUGAAAUAUCUGGUUUUCAACAAUUUAUCCAAACAGUACACCCUUCAAAUUACAGUAGUGAAUUUUCUUUUGCCAAACUAUGGUGGACAUAUUUUAGAUGUUCUUUGCCACCAUCUAAUUGUAAGAAGCUGAAGAAUUGUCCAACCAGAAUUGUAUUUAAAUGGUUAUUCAUGACACCACUUGGAAUGGCCAUGAGUGAUACAUGCUAUAACUUAUACAAUGUUAUACAUGCUGUGGCCCAUUCACUCCAUGAGAUGCUUUUGCAACAAGUAGACACGUGGUCAAACAAUGCUGGGAAGGAACUUGAAAUUGACACCUGGAAGAUGUUCUCUAUUCUGAAGAAAUUACAAUUUGUAAAUCCUGCUGGAGACCUAGUCAACAUGAACCAGAAUAUGAAACAGGAUACAGAGUAUGACAUAUUCUAUAUAAUGGAUUUUCAAAAAGAUUAUGGACUUAAAAUGAAAAUAGGAAGAUUUUCAGGUCAUCUUCCAAGUGGUCAACAGCUAUAUAUGUCUAAGGAAAUGACAGAGUGGGCGACAGAUGUGGAUCAGAUUCUACCCUCAAUAUGUAGUAUGCCUUGCAGACCAGGACUCAGAAAAUCCCCUCAGGAAGAAAGAGAUAUCUGCUGUUUUCUGUGUAACCCCUGCCCUGAAAAUGAAAUUUCCAACAUGACAA